ACCAAUAGCAAGCCGCGGGUGUCUGUCCUGGAGCAAUGGGCGAGUGAGGGGGCGGGACCGGGACGCUCUCCGUGUGACAUGGCGGCGGCUCCGAGUACCAGGUAGUGGAGAUUGCGGAGCCUGAGGAAAGGUGUCUGAAGACCAGGUGCAGCCAGUGUACCAAUGAAGCGAUCCCACACCCCUCCGGCGAACAUUGCCAAUGGUGCCUUGCGGUCUCUAUCACAGGAGCUUGGCAAGGGCAGCGCCGUCAUGUUGUCGGCGGCCGUCCUGGAGCUGCCCAGCCCUGGCACGACGCGGGUAUCUGUCCAGCACGAUGGUUCCAGAGGGGGGUCGCAGAGCGAAGGUCCGCCGCCGGAGGGCAAAUCUGGGGGUACUGUCAAAGUUUAUCUACCGAACCAGCAGAGGACGGUGGUCAACGUCCGACCUGGGAUGACUGUCUACGACUCGCUGGAUAAGGCCCUGAAAGUGCGCGGUCUGAACCAGCAGUGCUGCGCUGUCUAUCGCCUUCUACACGGGCGUAAGACCCUCACAGACUGGGAGACGGACAUUACUCCACUGGUGGGAGAGGAACUGAUGGUGGAAGUUCUGGCUGAUGUCCCCCUGUCCAUGCACAACUUUGUCAGGAAGACACAUUUCAACCUGGCGUUCUGCGAUUUCUGCCUCAAAUUUCUCUUUCACGGUUUCCGCUGCCAGACGUGUGGCUACAAGUUUCACCAGCACUGCAGUAGUAAAGUGCCCACGGCGUGUGUGGACAUGGCUAAACUGCCCAAGCCAAUAGGCAAUUAUCAAGAUUUCUGCUUGUACAUGGAUUAUUCCCACGGCAUCAUCCAUGAACCUUACACCCCGCAGCCGUCCAGCCCCCGGACACAACACCCAGGAGCUGCUUCCUUUUCAUUCCCUGGCGAGGGGCAACCCCUGCAACGGCAUCGCUCCACCUCCACCCCCAACGUUCAUAUUGACAGCACCACGGGCCCCGUGGAUAACUCCAUUAUUGAGGAGGCACUAAGGAGCGCCGCUAUCACCCCUAGGGACGGAACCCCCAAAGGUGGCGUUCCUCUUGGGAGUAAAUCUCCGCCGGCUAAGUCGCCCGUGGAGCCGACAAGAGAACGAAAGUCCUCUGCCUCAGAGGAGAAGAAGAAAGUGAAACAGUUGGGUUACCGGGAUUCUAGUUACUACUGGGAAGUGAAUUCCAGCGAAGUGGUGGUGCUGAAACGCAUCGGCACGGGCUCCUUCGGCACCGUGUACCGCGGCAAGUGGCACGGCGACGUGGCAGUUAAGAUACUGAAAGUGACCAAUCCCACAGCAGAACAAAUCCAGGCCUUCAAGAACGAAAUGCAGGUUCUCAGGAAAACGCGUCAUGUCAACAUCCUUCUCUUCAUGGGAUUCAUGACCAGGCCAAACUUUGCAAUAAUCACUCAGUGGUGCGAGGGAAGCAGCCUCUACCGUCAUCUGCACGUGAUCGAGACGCGGUUCGACAUUUUCCAGCUGAUCGACAUUGCACGCCAGACAGCGCAAGGCAUGGAUUACCUCCAUGCCAAGAAUAUCAUACACAGAGACCUGAAAUCCAACAAUAUCUUCCUGCACGAGGGGCUCACCGUGAAGAUCGGCGAUUUUGGCUUGGCCACGGUGAAGACGCGGUGGAGCGGAUCACAGCAGGUGGAGCAGCUUAGUGGUUCUAUCCUAUGGAUGGCCCCAGAGGUGAUCAGAAUGCAGGAAAACAGCCCGUACAGCUUCCAGUCCGACGUCUACGCCUACGGGGUGGUUCUGUACGAACUGAUGGCCGGACUAUUACCCUAUGCACAUAUCAACAACAGAGACCAGAUCAUUUUCAUGGUUGGCCGCGGGUACCUCAGUCCUGACCUCAGCAAAGUGUCCAAUAACUGUCCUAAAGCAAUGAAAAGACUCCUAGUGAACUGCCUGAAAUUCAAGAGGGAGGAGCGCCCGCUAUUCACCCAGAUCCUCUCUUCCAUUGAGCUACUCCAGCGAGCGCUUCCUAAGAUAGAGCGCAGUGCAUCGGAACCAUCAUUGCAUCGAGCGGUCAAUUCGGAGGACCUCAACCCUUUCCUAAUUAACACGCUCCGCCUCGUUCCCCAGUGACCGGACGAAGUGCGGUGUCCACGGUUUUAUCACCUCCCCCCCCCGAGGAGGCGGCGGCGGUAUAUCUCUGGUUUUGGUGUCUCACAUACGACACAGGAAAUUAAUAAGCUGUCCUUUCGGUGUGGUCUCUCUCUCCUUGGUACAAUUUCAUACUCAAUGUUGCUUGGCCUCUUUGGCUCUGUCUUUCUGCGCCUCUUAACUACAUACAGUCAGUCUUCUUACCUGAGAUUUCCUCCAAUCUGCUCCUCUGGGCAUUUGUCCGUCUGGAGCCCUCUUCCUAGAUUUCCGACCUAUCCGGCAAAAAAGGACACAACUCGGGUGAUUGAAUAAGAAAGGAUUGCCGAAGAUAUUUGACCCUCGUACGUGCCUCUAAUCCCGUGACUGUGUGUGGUCAGCUUGUCAAGUGACGCAUGCUAAGACCAGUGUUUCGUAGUGAUACCCUGGCAGGUGUAAUGUGUGGACGGUGCGUGUCGCAACAUAUUUCAGGAAAGACUUGUGACAUUUUGUGCCUUCCUCCAACCGUGACUCUGUAAAUUCACACAGUGGGGGAAAAAAAAAAAAAAAGUGGUUCGUCCACUGUGAAACAAUACAGAUUAUUUUUUAUUAGCAAAUCGGUGUAUAUGACCCCACCCCUAUGCAUUUUACUUUUUAAAUGAUUGCUGUAUCCGACGGCCAGAGCCCCUAUUUCUGGUGCAAAAUCAAUUCCGCAUUUCAUUUUUAAGAGACUGACGUCGGGGAACGUUGAAAAUCCCAGACACACGCAAGCCAUGAUUCGUCUUUAUGGAAGAUAUUUAUUGCCUAGACUAAAAUGUGCCUGAUUACGUCACUCGGGGGAAAUCUGCAGCAAAGUUUUCACUGAUGGGGGUGGGGUGGGAGGGGGGUUUCUUUUGCGAAUCGAUAUAAGGAAAUUUAUUGAGCGUCAGUCUCUCGUGCAACUGUAAUAAGUGCUUGCCUUCUCCUCGCAGUGACGAGAGGGUUAAUUUAAGCCUGGUGAUGCUUGAGAAACCUUGUGGCGUGAAUAAAACUGUAAGGUGUGGGAAUAUACACACAGAUCUUAAAUGCAUUUGAACAUAAGGAUGUGUAAUAUAUAUAGUUUUAAAUAAAAAAUAAGUUUUUGGUGUAAAAAAAAAAAAAGUAAAAAG